GGCGGCUUCCCCAAAAGUGUUCAAAUAGGUGACCCCAGGAGUUGGGGCGGGGCCUCAGAUCCAACAGGUCUGGGCUGACCCGAGGAGCACGUUGCGGCUGGCAGGGUGACUGCCUGUGGGUGUUGCACAGACCGGAGCUCCAGGGCAGGACAUGAGCUCCAGGACCGCCCCGCGGCUGAUGACGCUCCAGAGACACCUCGGCUGGCCGCAGACUGGUGCCAUGGCUACGGAGAACAGCCCACUAACCACUCACGUGCUAGACACUGCCUCAGGGCUCCCUGCCCAAGGCCUCUACCUCCGGUUGUCUCGUCUGGAGGCCCCUGGCCAGCAGUGGAUGGAGCUGAGGACAAGCUACACAAACCUGGAUGGUCGCUGUCCUGGGCUCCUGACACCAGGCCAAAUAAAACCAGGCACCUACAAGCUGUUCUUUGACACAGAGAGCUACUGGAAGGAAAGGGGUCAGGAGAGCUUUUACCCGUAUGUAGAGGUUGUUUUCACUAUUGCACAGGAGACCCAGAAGUUCCAUGUGCCUCUGCUGCUGAGCCCAUGGUCCUACACCACCUACCGGGGGAGUUAGAGUGACGCAUUACCCAAGGGAAGCGUCCAUCUGCCUGGCCCUUUCCCUGACUUAGCCACCUACAGUCACCGGCACGGGCUUUGUCCCCGUCAAGGGAUGUGAACUUGCUGCUUGCUGAAAAGAUCCUAGCUGCCCUGGAGUUUCCUAGUGGGCGGCUGUGACUCGGGUGUCAAUAAAGUGAAUUCCAACACCUGCAAAGCUGAACCUAUCACUGGGACAGGGGCAUUGAGUCAAGAUCUGCUAGCACUGCCCCUGCUCCAAGUAUCUUAGUUUCUCUUCCUGUUGCAGUGAUAAAAUACUUGGACACAAGCAAUUUGAGAAAGGGUUUUCUUCUGGCUCAGUUCAAGUUACACUUCUCUGGGGCAGGGAAGUUACAGUGAAGGAAGA